GUCUUUAAUAAGCAACUCUGUGGCCACAGUAGGCUACUUGCUUAAAGUCAUGUUUCUACUUAUUUUAUUUCUUUCCUUUCUCCAGGGGAUGUGAUUCUGGCCUUCUGUCUUUCUAUGGUUGUUGGUCUUGUGCUGGGAGCUCUGGUCUAUAUGAUCUUGAUCUGGAUGUCUCGUCGACGAGCAUCAGCCACCAUCACACGUGUACCCAUCCAUAAAUCCCGCUCCACCACCCGUUCAUCCUCGCCACGCUCUCGGCCAGGCUACAGUCGACACAGCAGUGGCUAUGACCAACGCGGCAAUAACAAUCUGGCCAGUGCUGCCUUCUCCUUCCAUCGGCAGACCUCACCCUCACUGAUAGACUAUGGUGACUCACCAGGGCGCAAGUCGAGCUUCCGGGCCUCUACUUUUCAUCCUCUUCUCCAGUGUAGCCAGAUUGCUCGUGAGGCAGAAGAGGGUACCCAAGGCAGCCUGCCACGGACCCCCACUCUCACUACCAACCCUGGGGCGCCUGGAUCCAUCAGCACUGUCAGUUCCAUGGUCACUCCACCCCAGGCCAGAACCAGACCAGAUUCCUUCUGGGGCAACAGCAAUCUAAAGGCCUUAAAUGCUGGCCAGACUCCACCACCUGCCUAUGAGAGCAUCAUACGUGCCUACAAAGAGACGACCACGUGAAGGAAGGCGAGAUGCUACAGUGAUAGGGGGAAGAUAAAUGUAUUAAUAAACUUGGACUAGAACAUUGGACCACUGAAAGCAGUAUGGAUUUCUUAAACUGAUAUGGCCAGUUUUCAAUGUGUGUAUAUGUGAAUAUUUCUGUUUUUUUGUACUCUUUUAAAAAUAAAGGUUCUUUAUUAGGA